AUGUCGUAUGCACAUAUUGGAGCCCCGGUGCCGUUUAACGGCACCAAUGAACUCACCGGUGGUGAUUCUACCGACACAAACCUCAACCAAUGGUACCAAUCUGGUGACCAAGCAUACAUCCUCAUCAGCGCCUGCCUCGUCCUCCUUAUGGUCCCCGGCAUCGCCUUUCUCUAUUCCGGCCUCGCCCGACGCAAAUCCGCCCUCUCCAUGCUCUGGGUCGUCAUGAUGUCCUUUAGCGUCAUCGUCUUCCAGUGGUACUUUUGGGGCUUCUCCCUCGCCUUUUCGCCCACCUCGUCCAGCGGCUUCAUCGGCAACAUGCACCACUUUGGCCUGCGUAAAGUCUGGGCCGCGCCCUCGAUUGGCUCCCCGCUCGUCCCCGCCCUGCUCUACUCCUUCUACCAGAUGAUGUUUUGCGCCGUCACCGCCGCCCUGACCGUCGGCGCCGUGGCCGAGCGCGGCCGCGUCGUCCCCGGCAUGGUCUUCACCUUUUUCUGGGCCACCCUCGUGUACUGCCCGCUCGCGUACUGGGUCUGGAACCCCGACGGCUGGGGCUUCAAGCACGGCGUCUUUGACUAUGCGGGAGGUGUCCCCGUCGAGAUUGGCUCGGGCGUCUCGGCGCUCGCCUACUCGUGGGUGCUUGGCCGCCGCAACGAGCGCAUGAUGAUGAACUUUCGCCCGCACAACAUCUCGCUCAUUACCCUCGGCACCAUUCUUCUCUGGUUUGGGUGGCUCGGCUUCAACGGCGGUUCUGCCUUUGGUGCCAACCUGCGCGCCGUCAUGGCUUGCUGGAACUCGUGCCUGACUGCCAUGUUUGCCGCCAUGACUUGGUGUCUGCUUGAUUUCCGUCUUGCUCGCAAGUGGUCCAUGGUUGGCUGGUGCUCGGGUACGAUUUCUGGUCUUGUUGCUGCUACACCCGCGUCAGGUUUCAUCGAUCCUUGGGCGAGCAUCAUCCUCGGCGUCGUCGCCGGAGUGUGCUGUAACUUUGGCACCAAGAUCAAGUUUCUUGUUGGUAUCGACGACUCUCUCGACGUGUUUGCCGAACACGGCAUCGGCGGCAUGGUCGGUCUCAUCUUCAACGCAUUUUUCGCCACCAAGCAUGUCAUUGGCCUCGACGGCGUCAACUCUGGUACUGACGGUGGCUUUCUCGACCACCGCUUUGCGACCAUUGGCUGGCAAAUCGCCGCCAUUGUCGCCGCCUCGGGCUACGCUUUCGUCAUGUCUGCCAUCAUUGCCAAGCUCAUCGACCUGGUCCCCGGCUUGAAGCUGCGCGCCUCCGAGGAGGCCGAGCUUCUCGGCAUGGACGAUGAUCAGCACGGCGAGUUCUCCUACGAUUAUGUCGAGGUCCGCCGAGACUUCCUCGCUUGGAGCCCUCAACGCGGCGAGCCCGCCGAGGAGGGGACCAUGUUGGAGCCUCAGCAUGGCAUCGCAGAGCAUGCCAGCAUGAUUCGUCCCACUAGCUCCUCUGUUGCCAUGGCCGAGGGCAAGAGAUCGUCGCCGUCUUCCUUACGUGAUCACAGUGACCGCGAGGAAGUCAUUGUCGAGGCGGUUGAGCCCACCAUCAAGGAGAAGCAACCGUCGGCAUAA